AUGGGUGGCUUCGCUCCUGAGGCUUUUCCUCCACCUCCUCCAGUGGCUUCUGAUUCUGCGGCUGAGGAUGAUGAUGAUGUUGAUAACGACGAUGCUUUCGAUGAUGAUGAUGAUGGAGAUGAUAUGGUCAAAGUUUUGGACUUUGAACUUCAGAAUAUGUCUGAGAAAUAUCCCACAACUAUGAUGAUGGAGGCAGUAGCUACACAAGCGAUUGGGAAUGCGGCAACACCAACAAUAAAAUAUGGGCUAGGAUAUUUGAAGCGCAAAUAUGGUUAUGUGAGCAAUCUCAAGGAAAAUUUGGUCAAGCUUGAAAAGGAAAAAAAAUAUCUUUGUGCUAAAGAGGUAGAUGUGACAAAUAGUCUGAAAAAGGAUGAGGAGACAAUGGAGAAGACAGCUGAAUGCACGACUUGGCUUAAUGAUGUGAAAGAAAUGAAAGCUAAACUUGAAGAAUUGAGGAAUAAAGAUCAGAAUACCUGCAGAUGCUUCUGUGGACUUUGUCCAUUUCAUUCUUUGCUAAAGCUUGGCAAAACUGUUGUGAAGUACACUGAGGAGGUAAUUGCUCUAUAUAAUCGACUACCAAUAAAUAUAAUGGUUAAAAGAGAAAAAGCACCACCAAUCCGAGUGAUAAUGAAGCAUCCUGAGAAGAUAGAUGAUGUGCCAUCACUUAAUGAUCAUGUAGAAAAGCUAUUGAAGUGGCUCAAAGAUGACAAUUUCAAGAGAAUUGGCAUAUGGGGACUGCCAGGAGUGGGAAAAACAACAAUAAUGGAAAAUCUAAAUAACAGAGUUGGUGAAACCCAACAGUUUGAUAUUGUCCUUUUUGUAGAUGUUUCAGAAGCGAAGAGCGUGAGAGAGGAGAUACAAGAACGACUUGUGGAGCGGUUACAGCUAGAAGCACCAAGGAUCCGCCAAAAGAUUAAUCUGAAAGACAUUGGCAUUCAUGAUAACCAUGAACAUGGAAAGGUGGUAUUUGCAACUAGAUAUAGAGAUGUUUGCCGUUCAUCAACAGAUGAGGAGAUCAAAAUAACAAGACUAUCCGAGAAUGAUGGCCAGAAUUUGUUCAAGAAAAUAGUAGGGGAUAUCGUAGAUCAACCAGAAAUCAAGCCGAUUGUGAAAAGUAUACUCAGGGAGUGUGGUGGGAUGCCACAAGUGAUCAUGAUAAUAGCAAAAAUGUUGAGAAAUGUGGACAAUCCAGCUUUGUGGCGAAAUGUAUUGCUCCACUUGCGGGUUACAAGCAUGGAUCCCAUGAUAGAAAUGGAAGAAGUUUACAACGCAUUUAAAAUUGUUUAUGACCGGUUAACUAAUAAUUGCAAACCUUGUCUACGGUAUUUGACAGUUUUCCCACCAGACUAUGAAGUUCAUGAAGAUUAUAUGACUGAGUGCUGGAAGGCUGAACAAUUUCUUGCUCAUGCUCAGACGCUUGGGGAAGCUCGUGAUCUAGGCCAAGGUAUAUUGAAUGAAUUGGAGGAUAAAUCUCUAUUGGAAAAGGGCAGAAAAGCAAGGCACUUUAAAAUGCCCGUCUUUCUCCGACACAUGGCUGUUAAGAUCAGGGACCAGGAAGAGAAGGAUUCAAAGUUUUUGGUAGGCGAAGGUGGAGAUAUACUUGAAGGUGAAAAACUGUUGGAGAAAUGGCAAAGUGCACAAAGGGUUUCAUUGAUCCGUCAAAAAUUUACUCUACCUCAGAGACCUGCAUGUAGUAAUACCUUAACAUUGCUACUCCAGAAAAACCCAAACUUGACAGAAAUUCCAGAAUCGUUCUUUGAAUCCAUGUGUAACCUUCGAAUUUUGGAUUUGUGUGAUACACGAAUCAUGUCAAUGCCAACGUCUAUUUCUAACUUGAUAAACCUAAGGCUGUUGUAUCUAAACAAUUGUGGUCACAUAGUGGAGCUGCCUCCUGAGCUAAAACAACUGAAGAGUCUUGAAAUCCUUGAUCUUCGCAACACUGGAAUUCUAAGCUUGCCUAUAGAGAUUGGCCAAUUGACUGGUUUGAAGUGUCUGAGAGUUUCUUUUAAGAAGAAUUGCAGUUGUUCCAAUGGCAUCAACGGCCAGCCACUGCUUAUGAUUCCUUCAAAGGUAAUUGCAAGUCUUUCUUCAUUAGAAGAGCUGAGCAUUGAUGUGGACUUCAAAAACAAAAUUUGGAACCAGAUUGUAGAUACCGUUGCUGGGGAAGUUGCAGAGUUGAAGAAAUUGGCAAGUCUUUGUUUCUACUUUCCAGAACUAACGUGCUUUGAAACUUUCAUUGAAGCUGCUAGGAACAGAAAUUACAUGGAGCAGGAAGAUUAUGGGCUUAGAUUCAGAAUUGUAGUUGGCAAUCACAAUAUAGAUAAUUUUCUUGGAUUUGAUUUUUUUGAAUACAAAAUUGAACGACAUUUGAGAUUUGCUGCUGGAGGAGUCAUUCCUAAUGCAUUUUCAAAUGUACUCAAGCAAGGUUAUGUUUUGGAGCUCAUAGGUCACCAUAGUGCUAAAAACUUAUCAGUAUUAGGAGCAGCUAAUUUGGGAGGGCUGACAGCUUGUACAAUUGAAGAAUGCGAUGAAAUGGAAAGCAUUAUUGGUGGUGAGUCUGGUGACAUAGUAACUGGUGCCUUGCAAGAGCUACACCUCAUCAACCUCCCAAAGCUGGUGUCUAUCUGCGAGGACUCAAAGAAUUCAAGAAACUUCAAUAAAAUUACGACGCUGACACUGAAAGGUUGUCCAGGGCUAAAAAAACUUUUCCCACAAGCAUUGGUCCAGAUGCUUUGUAACUUGAAAGAUUUGCAAGUCGAGGAUUGUUCUGAGAUAGAAGAAAUAAUUGAAGGUGGAAGCAUCGUUGAAAUCAGAGCCCUUCCCAGAUUGAAGAACGUUGUACUCUGCAGACUACCAAGAUUGUUUAGUAUAUGUGAGGGUGUCUCAUUUGAAUGGCCCAGUUUGGAGACUAUGAAGAUCCAGACUUGUCCUGAUCUAAAGCAUUUGCCAUUCAGUGUGGAAAAUGCAAUCCACUUGAGAGUGAUUGAAUGCACGGAAAACUAG